AUGUCCCGCGUGGAGGCGCUGAGCAUGAGCGGCCUGUCCGCCAUCCCGGCGGAGUACGUCCGGCCGCCGUCCGAGCGCCACGGCCUCGGCGACGCCUACGACCAGGCGGCCAAGCACGCCGCGGGCUCCCCGCUCAUCCCCGUCGUCGACGUCGCCGCCUUCGACCCCUCCGACCCGGGCUCCGAGCCCAGCCUCGCCGUCGUUGACGCCGUCCGCACCGCAGCCGUCGAGUGGGGCGUCAUGCACGUCGCCGGCCACGGCAUCCCUUCGGACCUCCUCGACGCGCUCCGCGCCGCUGGGACGGACUUCUUCAAGAUGCCGAUCGAGGACAAGGAGGCGUACGCCAACGACCCGGCGGCCGGGCAGCUCGAGGGGUACGGAAGCAAGCUGGCGGCGAACGAGAGCGGGCAGCGGGAGUGGGAGGACUAUCUGUUCCACCUCGUGCAUCCCGACCACGCCGCGAACCACGCGAGGUGGCCCGCUCAUCCGCCGGAGUACGUUCCCGUGACACGGCAGUUCGGGGAGCUCGUCAGCGGGCUCGCCUCCAGGCUCCUAGCCAUCCUCUCCCUCGGUCUCGGCGUCCCUGCCCCCACGCUCGAGCACCGCCUCCGCCUAGUCGAGCCCACCCAAGACAAAGUCGCAGACGACGACCAGGACAAGGAGCAAGAGGAAGAACUCCUCGACCUCUUGCUGAAGCUGAAGAUCAACUACUACCCGGUGUGCCCGCAGCCGGACCUGGCCGUGGGCGUCGAAGCGCACACCGACGUCAGCGCGCUCUCCUUUAUCCUCACCAACGGCGUGCCCGGCCUGCAGGUCAAGCGCGCCGGCCGCGACGACGAAGGGUGGGUGACGGCGCGCGACGAGCCGGGCACGCUGGUGGUGCACGUGGGCGACGCGCUCGAGAUCCUCAGCAACGGGCGCUACACCAGCGUGCUCCACCGCGGGCUCGUCAACCGCGUCGCCACGCGCGUCUCCUGGGUCGUCUUCGCCGAGCCGCCGCCGGACCGGGUGCUCCUGCAGCCCCUGCCCGAGCUCCUCGCCGACGGCCAGGAGCAGCCGCGGUUCGCGCCGCGCACCUUCAGGCAGCACCUGGAGCACAAGGUGCUGAAGAAGAAGCAGAGUGAGGAGGAGGAGGCCAAGAAGGCGCCCGUCGCACCCAACCUGCUGCCUGCCGUUUGA